CCUAUAUAAACCCCACAAAUUUAUCAACAACUUUAAGCUAACAAAUUUAGAAAUACAUGAAGUUAAUAUUUGUUAUUUUGAAAUAUUUGAUAUUCACAUCUUAUGUGGAAAAGUUGGGCCUUGGUAGGGCUGAUUGGCCCAAAACAUCAACAUGGGCCAAAACAGAACCAUAUAGCCACCAUGAACACAAAACUGUCCUACAAUUCUACUUCCAUGAAAUUGCAAUUGGCAACUCCUCCACCGUUGCGUUGAUCGCCCAAGCCCAACCCGUAGACCCGAACAACUCGUUCGCCUUCGGUAACUUGUAUAUGGUCGACGAGCUACUCACUGUGGGCCCAGACCCAAAGUCCAAGUUUAUAGGGCGGGCCCAGGGCUUCUCUGGCUCAGCUUCCCAACAAGGUGUGAACUCUUUUAUGGGCUUAUGUUAUAGCUUUAUUGAUGGGAUUUAUAAUGGGAGCUCCAUCAACAUCUUGGGCCGGAACUCGAUCUUGAAUCCGAUUAGAGAAAUACCGGUUGUUGGUGGUACUGGGCUUUUUAGGAUGGCCCGUGGAUAUGCAAUAGCCCAAACUUACUAUUUUAAUGUUACUUCUGGGAUUGUUGUUGUAGGGUAUAAUGUUACUGUUGUUCACCAAUAGAUGAUGUUUGCACAUUCAUUAAAAGAUGCACAACAAAUUUACUAGUUGUAACUUGUAUUACCUUUUCUACCCAAGAAGAUGACAUUACAACUUACAAGCAAGAAAUGGAGUGCACAUCAAGUAUAAGUAGUGUUAAAUAAAAUAAAUGGCGGAGGUUUGUUUAUUUUAUUUUAUAAUACCUUCGUCGAAACAUUGUUCCAGAUUAAUUGUCAUAUUUUUCUUAUUACGUUAUCUUAAAUUAAUUAUUACAUUUUUUUAUCCUUACGU